AUGCCACCCAAGUCCACCCUCACCCAGCGCGACGUCGAGAUUGACUGGGACAAACUCGCCGCAAAAGUCGGCUAUAAGAAUGCCCAGUCCGCUCGCGCCUGCUUCCAGGAGACCAAGAAGAGAAUGCGUGCCAUGAACGACAAUGCUGAUGAUGAAAACACAAAGAAACCCGUCAUCAGCACCCCAGAGACUGAAGAAGACGUUCACAAUGCCAAGGCCAUCGCUGCAGGCAGAGCCAGAUAUGCUGCUGACAAACUUGCUGCUGAAGUCAAGAAGGAAGUUGAUGAUGAGGAGCCUCUGGGUAUGAACAUUGAUUCUGGAGAGGAUGAGGGACUGAUUGCGUAUGAGUUGGUCAAGAACGAAGUCUUUGGCGAAGGAGUCGAGGUUUGA